AAGAUUGGACCCUCUUUGUUUUUCUGUUCAGCCAUAAAAGAAGCUUUUGACGAGAAAGUUUACAUUCUACUUUCUCUCUCUCCUCUUUUCUUCUCAAACACCCUCAAAGCAAAUAGAAAACCUCACAAAAAGAAAGACUUAAGAAGAAGACGACGGAAGUAGAAGGGAAGAUCAAGAAAGAGGAAGAUAUCACCAACCAGGAAGAUGGCCACAAAUCAUAACCAUACUCAUCAUCUUUCUUAUUCACUUCUUCAUGGCCUCAGCAGCAAUCCUCCACCUCCUGGAUUCAUUAACCAAGAUGGAUCCUCCAGCUUCGACUUCGGAGAGCUAGAAGAAGCAAUUGUUCUGCAAGGUGUUAAGUAUAGGAACAACGAAACUAAGCCACCUUUAUUUGCAGGAGGAGCUACGACUCUGGAGAUGUUCCCUUCAUGGCCAAUCAGAACUCACCAAACUCUUCCUACUGAGGAGAGUUCCAAGUCAGGAGGAGAGAACACCGAUUCAGGAUCAGCAAAUUUCUCAGGCAAAGCAGAAAGUCAACAGCCCGAGUCUCCGAUGAGUAGCAAACAGAAUCAUCAUCUCAUGCUUCAGCAGCAUCAACGUAAUAACAACAUGGCAAACUCAGGCUCAACAUCUGGACUUCCCUCUACUUCUCGAACUCCAGCUCCUCCAAAAGCUUCUGAGGAUAAGAGGAAGGCUACGACUUCAGGCAAACUUCUUGAUGCUAAGACAUUGAGACGUUUGGCCCAAAAUAGAGAAGCUGCUCGCAAAAGCCGUCUUAGGAAAAAGGCUUACGUGCAACAGCUAGAAUCAAGUAGGAUAAAACUUUCCCAGUUGGAGCAAGAACUUCAGCGAGCUCGAUCUCAGGGGAUGUUUAUGGGUGGCUGUGGUCCACCUGGACCUAACAUCACUUCCGGAGCUGCAAUGUUUGACAUGGAAUAUGGGAGGUGGCUAGAGGAAGAUAACCGGCACAUGUCGGAGAUUCGAACCGGUCUUCAGGCUCAUUUAUCUGACAAUGAUUUAAGGUUGAUCGUUGACGGUUACAUCGCUCACUUUGAUGAGGUGUUACGAUUAAAAGCUGUGGCCGCGAAAGCAGACGUUUUCCACCUCAUCAUCGGUACAUGGAUGUCCCCUGCCGAACGCUGUUUUAUCUGGAUGGGGUUCCGUCCAUCUGACCUCAUCAAGAUACUUGUGUCGCAAAUGGAUCUAUUGACGGAGCAACAACUGAUGGGAAUAUAUAGCCUACAACACUCAUCGCAACAAGCGGAGGAGGCUCUCUCGCAAGGCCUCGAACAACUUCAGCAAUCUCUCAUCGAUACUCUAGCUGCCUCUCCCGUCAUGGACGGUAUGCAACAAAUGGCUGUCGCUCUCGGCAAAAUCUCUAAUCUCGAAGGCUUUAUCCGCCAGGCUGAUAACCUGAGGCAGCAAACUGUUCACCAACUGCGUCGGAUUUUGACCGUUCGCCAAGCCGCACGUUGUUUCCUAGUCAUCGGGGAAUAUUACGGACGGCUCCGAGCUCUUAGCUCUCUUUGGUUGUCUCGACCACGCGAGACUUUGAUAAGUGAUGAGACAUCUUGCCAAACGACGACGGACUUGCAGAUGGUUCAGUCAUCGCGGAACAACUUCUCCAAUUUCUGAAUCGAAAUGGAAGCUUUGUAUGACUAAAUGGGCCAUGUCCCUUUGUCUUUAAGUUCACUCUUCUGCUACUCUGUUUCCUUUAUGUUGUACUACUAGCAAUGUUAGGAUCUUCUUUCAGACUACAGUUUUAUGCUAUGAAAUUAACGUACCACGUAAAUCGAACCAACUUAUGUGCCAAGUAAAAUGAGAAAAAGAACA